ACACAAGGUGUAUAUGUUUGUUAAAUGAAGAGGGGAGUAUACAUGUGCUUUUUAUACGAAUUUUGAUAUCCCAUAAAAAUGUGAAUGCGCUUCUGGAUUUCGAUUUUUUUUUCUUGUAUGCCGAAAGAAAAAUACACAUGGGAUUUUUAAAUUUUAUUUAUCGAGAAGAUAUAACAUGAAAUACGUGAAAUUCUGGGCCCUGGGUUUAUAAAUACGUAUUUUCGUUUCCAGUUACUUGUAAUCAUGUAUCGGAUUGGAGUUUUUGUGUUAACUUUGUCCGUCUGUUUAUCGGCUUGUGUGGCGGAGCUUACCAUUUGUGAACGCAACCCCAUUCAUACAACAGCUGAAAAAUCCAAAGGAGACAACGGAUUUCAGAUUUCUCUUCUGGAGCUAGACUCCAAAAAGAAUGAAAAAUUCAAAUCCAGUCAAAAUUAUACAGUUCAGCUUACUAAUCGGUAUGAAGAUGAAGACAAUGGAUUUUUGGGAUUCAUGAUAGUUGCUGUAUCGGACAAAGCCAAAGACGAAAGAACGACAGUGGGAAAAUUCUUUCUUCCUCGGACUGGAAAGGCCAGAAAAAAUCCUGAGUGUAACCACACAGUCAUCACCCAUUAUUACCUCAUAGAGAAAAAGGAGGUGUCAUUUGUAUGGCAGGCCCCUGAACCAGGGACAGGGUGUGUGGAGUUCAGAGGCACUGUGAUAUCGGAACAUCCAGAUAUCUGGUUCAAAGAUGAAGGCGGUCUGACGUACAAAGUGUGUGAAGAUGUUCCUAUACAAGCUCCGCUGGGAGAUGCCACCGCCCAGGGUGGUACUCAGGUGGAGCCUGCCCCCCAGUGCUGUGCCUGUGGGGAGGCCCGCUAUAAGAUGCACUUCCAGGGCCUCUGGUCCCGGCAGACCCACCCAAAGGGAUUCCCCAUUGAUGAUGUGCAAAAAGUUCAGCUGCAUUGGUCAAGCGUCAUAGGAGCUUCCCAUACUAAUGACUACACAGUGUGGAAUUAUGGGGAAUACGCCUCACGCGGGGUGAAGGAAGUCUGCGAAUAUGGCUUCUCCAACUUCCUGGAGACAGAGUUCAAGAGAAAUAGCAAGAGCAUCAAGUCGGUGCUGAAGACCACACCCCUGUGGGGUGAGGACAACCUUCAAGGUACGGUGACGGCCAAGUUCCAGGUGGACACCAGCAAGCACCUGUUCUCCCUGCUGUCUAUGAUCGGGCCCAGCCCCGACUGGUGUGUAGGUGUGAAUAAGGUUGACCUGUGUCAGCAGAACUGUACAUGGGCGGACUCUAUGACCAUAGACCUUUACCCCUGGGACGCCGGCACAGACAGUGGAAUCAGCUACUUUGACGACAAUAUAGAAACCAACCCCCCUGAAAAAAUCCAGCACAUCACGAACAGGAAGCCCAACCAUCCAGGCUCACCUUUCUUCUCGAAGCACCCCAUCAAACCGAUGGCCCGGGUCACCUUGACCAAAACCAAGGACAUUUGUAAUGGCGAUGGAAAGGAAACAGAUACCCAGGACGAGACGAUGAGCACCUCAGAGCUGAUCAAGCUGAUGAAGAAGAAGAUGAUGAUGAAGAAGAAGAUAGCUGAUAAAUAUCUACAGAGCAAGAGAGAAAAAUGUGCAGCGACCGAAUGGACGGAAUGGUCCGUCUGCAGCAAUUCUUGUGGGAGUGGGAAACAGGAACGACGACGUCUGCUGAAAAAUCCACAAAUUCAGCCUGAGGUGUGUGGCAUCGACCUUGAUGAGUCAAGGUCGUGUCAAGGAGAUUGUUUGGACUUGGGGUCAGGGAGCAGUGUCAAGACUCUGCCUGACGAUUUCAUUGUAAAAAUAGACACGAGGGUCCGUGACCCCUCCGACCUUUGUGCCAUCACUCAUUGGAGUGACUGGUCCCCCUGCAGCCAGACCUGUGGGGUGGGUCUCAGGGAGAGGUGGAGAAAUUUCUUAAAGAAGAGUAACACGACCAGCAAGUGUGGUAUUCACCUGAUGGAGAAAGACUUGUGUCGAGCUCAGCUUGACUGUCAGUCAGCCAUACAAAAUAAAGACUACUCAGCAAUCUGUCAGUUGAGUCCCAGUGUGGGGCCAUGUAGGGGAAAUUUCCCUCGCUGGUAUUAUAACACCACCCUCAAUACUUGCAUGGUUUUCCCCUAUGGUGGUUGCCGUGGUAACGAUAACAAAUUUGAGAAUGAGGCCGAUUGCAACAAGUAUUGUACAGAAAACAUGGCAUUGUUUAAUUCAAGAAACGAAGUGGUGACACCCAUGGAAGGGGACAUAAAAGUAACAACAAUAAAAACCAAAAACAUUAACAAAAGUAACAAACGCAAACGAGGAAAGGGGUCCAAGCGAGGGAAAAACAAGAAGAAGAAAAAUAGGAGAAGGAAGAAGAAUGGCAAGAAGAAGGGGAAAAGAAAGUCGCUGAAACCCAGACCCCCUGUGGAGCCCCACGACCCUAGCCUGGGUCCGGCUAUUGACUGUAUGGUGUCAGCAUGGUCUGACUGGGGUCAGUGCAGUGUUACAUGUGGGCGAGGAGUGAUGACAAAAACUAGGACAAUUAAAGUGCCAGCCGAUAACGGGGGACAAAGAUGUCCCAGAAAGCUGGUGAAAACACGAAAGUGUAAAUUAUCAAAAUGUCCGGUUGAUUGUCAAAUGGGGGAAUGGGGUGCUUGGACGCCGUGUUCACAGACUUGUGGGGACAAUGCGGUCCAGAAGAGGCGGCGAGCCAUCAUCAAGCGCCCAAAGAGGGGGGGACAGAUAUGCCCCGCCCGGAGGGCCAAGAGAAUGUGUGUCCUGCCAAAGUGUCCAGAUUCUGAUAUGGAGAGGAUGAUGAGAGAUGCAGUUUAUAAGAUACCAGGAUUCUUGCCCUGACAGCAGUGAAUUUGAUAACCAAGCAACAUAAUCUGCCAAUAGCAUUCACUUACACAUAUCAUCUGACAUUCAUCCACUUGAAUGUAACAAACGUUGUGAUUGGUGCACUUUUAUUAACACCUCAUCACAUGACCACUAUGAGAGACGGGUCAUGUGACUAACUGAUGAAUGUAUCUGUUUGUAAAUCCAUUAGACGAUGAAUGUGACGCCUGAAAUACCUCAUUCUGAAGACGUUAUUGUAGAUACACUAAGGAUCGGCCAAUGAGCACCCUUCUUCUAACAAAAACUGAUGAUAGAAGAUUCCUAUGUGCUGUUUCGCCUAACAGAAAUAACAUGUUGAACCAGUUAGAACCCUGGUAUAUACUCUGCUGUUAUGCUGACAGAGAACAAAGUUAACCUGCAUGUCCAUUGUGUGGAUUUUCGUUUCUGACUAGUACCAGCUUAGAACUGUGACGUUAGCUGGAGUUCUAUAGAUGUUGACAUGCAUGUCUGGCAUUUUUGUUUCCAGAAUUUGUGAUUUUCGUUGAUAUUAUGUUAUUUGUACAUACAUACUUAUAACCUCAUUUAUACUACUGACAGAUUGAUUUGAUAUUGAUAGAGAAUGAAAAAUGAGAUGAUUGAUUCUGAUAUAUAGUUAUAAAUAGUGGCUUUCAUGUUAAUUUUCAAAAUAUUUGUGAAAUUUUCAAUGAAAUUUUGUUUUAUAAAUUGCUUUAGUUGAAAUUCAUAUCCUGUGUUAUGAAAAUCUUUGUAUAUAAAAUGGUUCAAAUUUGAUUACAAGAUUUGAUAAGGUUAAUUUAUUGUACAGACCUAAUGUAAUUUAUUUACUUUUUUUCCAUUCUAAUGUAUUGCAUAAUAUCAGGGUAUUGGCUGUUGAAAGUUUGUUGUAAAGUUGUAUUGUUUUAUGUGAUGUAGACAAGUACGUUUCGUACAAUUUUUCAUCGUAUAAAAAGUGGUAUCAGUGGUGCAGUAUGUCAUCACUCACCUCAUGAAUAUUGAUGAUAUAUCAUGAAUAUGUAAUUUAGAAUUGUAAUGAAUAUAAAUAUUGAUCAUUCAUUUUCCAAUGUAAAUAGUUGUCACUCUACAAUGUAUGCUAGCGUCAUGGCAGCAGUUUUGUUGUUGUACAUGUUCCUAGUUCUUCCAUGUCUUAACUAUAACUAUGUCCUCCAAAGUAGCUUUACUGCUCUGUAAAUACAAACUCAAGGGGCAAACAGUUGUCAUCAGUAAAAAAAUCCAUUAACCAAACUGAGAACAUUGUUAAUUACCGUAUGCAUCCAAUUUUUUGACAGUGGUGAAUUGAAGAAAAAAAAAUCCAUAAAAUGUACAGCAUUCACAAACUUUGGGAAUAUUUUCAAUUGUAUGCAAUUAUUUUUGUGGCAGGGACACAUGCUUUAUAAUGAUUUAUGUAUCAAACUCAGGUUUUUGAAAUGUUCAUCAGAGUAUGUCUUUAAUGAUACAGUGAGGUUCACUGUUAAUUAAUUUACAGUUGCAUGUAAUUUUAUGUUACAUUGUCUAUGUGUGUAUUUAAAUUGUCCUCAUACACUUGUUCAUGUUCCAUUCUAAUUAUUCCCAUUUAGCUGUUAUUUUUUCAUUUUAUCACCCCCAUACAUUUCAAAAACAUUUAUAUUGUUUACAAAUUUUGUUGACAAAAUUGAUGCAUGAUUUAUGAAGAACUUUAAAAAUUAUCAAGAAUCUCAUCCAUGUGUUUCUACAACUCUGUAAAUUUAUGAGGUUUUUACAGAUUUUUCUUUCGCUGUUAUAAAUAUGGUUGUUUUGAUGACUGUUAACUCUGAAGUCAUGGCUACCUUGUGCUACGUGUGCCCUGUGUAUUUAUUUAUGCCUGUUAAAAAAAGGUCUAGCCAGGACCUGUAUCCAUUUCUAUACUCUCUUCAAACAGUACUUGUGUACCCAUGAGGUUUUAAAUAAAACUUAUAAAUAUCA